AUGGUUCAAGAAAGAAGAGUAUUGGUUAUUUACACUGGUGGUACAUUUGGAAUGUUAAAGAAUGAAAAAGGCGUACUGGUCCCACAGAAGAACAUUGAGAACAGAGUUAUUAGAAAAUUAACUCAACUUCACGACAAUGAAUAUUGGGAGAAAAAUCUCGCUAAAACAGACAGACAAGACUACCUCGUAUUACCAGAUGGUAAAGACACAGAUCAGAAGAUUCUUUACAAGAUAUUAGAAUAUGAAGAGCUGAAAGAUUCAUCAGACUUUAUGACAGACGACUGGAUCAACAUGGCUAGAGAUAUUAAGAAAUACUACCACGAUUACGACGGUUUUGUAGUCCUUCAUGGUACUGAUACCACAGCGUAUGGUGCAUCAAUUCUCUCCUUUAUGUUAGAAUCUGUUGGAAAGACUGUUGUUCUUACCGGAGCUCAGGUCCCAAUUUUCCAACCACGAAGUGAUGGUAACAAUAACAUCUUAUGUGCUAUACUUAUUGCUGCUACACAGUACAUCCCAGAAGUAACCGUCUUCUUUGGAGCCAAGUUGUUCAGAGGAACCAGAGUCAAGAAAGUCUCGAAUACAAAGAUCUACGCUUUUGACACACCGAAUUUCCCUCCUCUAUUAGAAGCCAAAACAACUAUUGAUGUAGACCCUAAAAUGUUGAUCCAUCCUCGUGGAUCUGUACCAAAUGAAUGUAUCUUACACGAUAAACUCUGCACUGACGUAUACAUUUUAAAAGUUACUCCGACCAUCACUCCAGACAUUAUUAGGAGAGUGUUUGAAGGAAUGAAAGGUGUGGUCUUAGAGACAUACGGCAAUGGUAACAUCCCGAUUAAACGCAAAGAGAUCUACAGAGAGAUUGAGAGAGCUGUCAAAAACGAGGUGCUGGUGGUCAAUGUGACGCAGUGUGUCAAUGGAAUGGUUCAUGGGAAGCCAUUGUAUGAAACCGGACUUCUGUUAAUAGAGUGCGGCGUGGUUCCCGCAUUCGACAUGACAUCGGAGGCAGCGCUUGCUAAGCUGUCUUACGUUCUCAGCAAGACUGAACUUAAUUACCAACAACAGAUUGAGCUUAUGAAGACAAACAUUCGUGGCGAGCUUCAGAAUCCACAUCUCAACGCGUAG